AUGUGGUCGAAAAAGUUUACCUUAAAGAAGCUAAUCUUAAGCGGAUAUUUGUUCGCUCAGAAGGUUUAUUGUGAGAACGAAGACAGUUCUUUAUAUGGCACCUGGUCAUCUAAAUCAAAUCAAGUAUUUACAGGACCAGGAUUUUAUGAUCCGGUAGAUGAACUUUUGAUAGAGCCUUCGUUGCCCGGUCUUAGCUACUCCUUCACCGAAGACGGUUGGUACGAAGAAGCCACUUACCAAGUAAGUGGUAAUCCUCGUGAUCCAACUUGCCCUAUGGCUUCGUUGAUUUAUCAACAUGGUACAUACAACAUUUCAGAAAACGGUACUUUAGUUCUGAAUCCUAUUGAAGUAGAUGGUAGACAACUAUUCAGCGAUCCAUGCAAUGAUGACGGGGUUUCAACUUACUCAAGAUAUAACCAAACAGAAACGUUUAAAGAAUAUGCCGUAGGUAUAGAUCCUUACCAUGGUAUUUACACCCUGCAAUUGUACCAAUAUGAUGGUACUCCAAUGCAACCGCUAUAUUUGGCUUAUAGGCCACCAAUGAUGCUACCAACAGAAACGUUGAAUCCAACAUCGUCAGCGGCCAGCACUGACGACGCAUCGUCUAAUAAAAAAAGAUCACUAAGAAGUUUAGUGAGAAGAAGUCUAGAAAACAGACACAAGACGAAUGCCAUUAAAAAACAAAAUACCUCGUUUUUAACCUCCAAUGCUAUCUGGUAUAUUUCUGCGGGCAUGCUAGGUGUAGGUUCGUUAUUAUUUUUAGCAUUUUAG